GGCUGUGCCACACGAAGUAGUACUGUCUAGAAGAAGAAGUAUCCACCGUAAUCUGUUCCCGCUGCACGAGCGUAGCUUUGCCCAACCUGUGUAGACGUUCCUGUAGAGGAAAUAUCAGCCAAAUAUUUUCAGAACUAUGAGAACAACAACAAUGAUGACGGCAGCGGAGCCUCCGCCCAUGAUUGACGUGAAUCCCCUUCUUCGCUAUCCACUCAUCAUCGUCAACCUCCUCCUGAUGAUCGUGGCCGGAGGCGAUGUCACAAUAUCUGGUUAUAGCCUUUACCUUCGCUGGGACGAGAUUCAUUUCCUUUCGGUAUUGAUGACGAUCGUCGUGAACCUGGAGAUUCCCUUCCUGAUCAUCGGAAUUAUUGUCUUCACCGUCUCCUCCCUGGGCUUCAUCGGCGGCCUCCGAGAGAACGUUCAACUGCUCACUUUCUACAGCAAGACCUUGUUCGUGCUCGUCGUGCUUUGCUUGCUCGCGAUGGUUCUCGCAUUUGCCAUUCCCCACCUGAGCAGAAAGUAUGUGGACAGCGUCGUGACUUUGGACCUGAUCGUGCACUAUCGAGACAACGACGACUUCAUGAGGCUCAUCGACUUCAUGCAGUACUAUUACCGCUGUUGCGGCGUUACGGACAGCGGCUAUCACGACUGGAACCACAACAUCUACUUCAACUGCACCCACACCAAUCCCAGCUACGAGCGCUGCUCUGUCCCUGCUUCUUGUUGCUGUCACGGCGAUGAAGACAUGGUGACGGUUCUUAGUAAUCGCUUUUGUGGCUGGGAUGCUCUCAAAAUAACCGAGCAGGAGGCAUGGAAGAAAAUCUACACCCGAAGCUGCACGAAUAUCAUAUUGGCGCAGGUGAAGUCAUACUCUGUGUAUAUUACACUUGGCUGCUGUGUCGUCAUGAUGUUCUUCCUAGCAAUGCGAUACUUGGCUAUGAACGUGCAAGAUCAGAUCGUCUCUCUGACGGCUUUCUACGAGAAAUACUUCGCGGACAUAAGACGCGGGGAAGAGCGCAAGUCCAUUAUCAGGCUCCAAGCCUUGCAAAGCAUUCCCAAGGGCUGCGUGGAAGUUGGAAGCAAAAAAGCUGCACCACGACGCAUCGAGCCCGUCAGCAAGGUACCCGUUCUCGUGAAUGGCCCAGCGUAUCCCGCCAUACCGACAGACAGCAGGCAGUCUCCAGCAAUACCUACUCCGUCGCACUUCCGGAUGGGGUGACCUUAUUCAGCGUUUACUAUUAACUAUAUACGAAUAGUUUGUGUAUUAAAGUGCACCGUUACAUUUACCAACAG